UUCUUUCGCAAAAGAUUCGAAAAAUGAGUCCAAUGCGGAUUGAUGAGUUUGUCCAACCCGGAGACAGUGACAAAGCAGAGUGCGUAAGCGAUGGAGAUUCGAGAGAGCGGACCACGUACGAUACUGCCUUGUAGAUGUGCUGACGAUGUUGCUUCCCUCCGGCAGCUGUCUUACAGUGGCCACAGUCAACAUGGAGCUUCCGAUUCGGCAUUACACGUCCUCACGGCAACUCCAACGUCAGCUCGUCCUGCGAAAGAUUUUUGUCAAAUCAGCCGUCAGAGCUGUUUCUUCUCUCUUGGUCUGCGUCAGCAUUUUUCUCAGAAGAAGGGCAGUGGAAGAUGACUCGACGACCAUGGCCAAAAUCGACGGCUCCACAAGCCUCUUUUCCUUGAACAGUCCACCAUGAAGCUGUCUGCCUGUCUCGGUCUCUUUUCUUGUCUUAUGCUGACAAGUAGCCAUGCUUUUAUCUUGCCGCACACCGCCACUUCUCGGCAAUCGUCGAGAUUGCACAUGGCGGAAUCUCAAUCGUCCCCACGAAGACGGCCGACCAAGACAGUGCAGGACAGGACCCCACGAGAGUUUCAGAGUUUGGUUCAAGAUAUAAUCAAAACCGCAGUAGAUGCUGGUCCCCGCGCUGGUCCAGCUCGAACCUUCCAGGCCUACCUGGCCGUGUCUCAAACAUUCCGAGAGUUUCUGCCAAGACCUGGGCAACCACUGGAACCUGUAUCCUUUCCCAAAAUUCUUCGCUCCCUCUUUGAAAGGCUGGGUGCUACCUAUAUCAAACUAGGACAAUUCAUUGCCUCAUCCCCAACCCUGUUUCCCAAAGAAUACGUGCUGGAAUUCCAAAAAUGCCUGGAUUCUACGGAUCCCUUGGAUUGGGCUGUCAUUGAAAAAGUGAUUGUGGACGAAUUGGGACCCAUCUCCAAUACCUUUGAAUACGUCGACAAGAAACCACUCGCAUCGGCCAGUAUUGCCCAAGUCCAUGCCGCCAAGCUGAAAACUGGGGAAGAUGUUGUAUUAAAGGUCCAGAAACCUGGUAUUGAUUCUUUGCUCAAGGCAGACUUGGGCUUUGUCUAUGUAGCAGCACUCAUCUUGGAAUUCAUUUCUCCAGAUUGGGAACGAACCUCUCUCUCGGCUGUGGCGGGAGAUAUUCGUGUAUCCAUGAUGGAGGAGACAGACUUUGUGACGGAAGCCAAGAAUACCGAGGAAUUUCGGGACUUUUUGCUAGAGAAUGGACUCAUUCAACAAGCCACAGCGCCGCGAGUGUAUCAAGAGUUCACGACCAAAAAGGUAUUGACAAUGGAACGAUUGCGGGGCGUUAGUUUGCUGGACGAAGAAACGAUUGCCAAAGCCAGUAAAGACUCCACGAUGGGGACGGAUAUCAUCAUUACCGCACUGAACAUUUGGAGUCUAUCCGUCGUUACCAUGCCCUGGUUUCAUGCGGAUGUUCAUGCAGGGAAUCUGAUGCUCUGCGAGGAUGGACGGGUUGGUUUUAUUGACUUCGGCAUCGUGGGCCGUGUGAGCAAGAAAACGUACAAUGCCGUCAACGAGCUCUCGACCGCAUUAGCAUCUGGUGACUAUGAGGGCAUGGCCGAAGCUUUGUGCAACAUGGGCGCGGCCGAUGAAAAAGUCGACAAGGUUCAGUUUGGUAAAGAUAUCGAACGCGUCAUGGACCGCAUUGGGGGCAUGCAGGCCGAUGUGACGGUCGGCAUUGCCGAGGACGGUACCACGACGGGAAGCUUGGAUUUGGACGAGACUGAAAUCACGAAUGUCUUGUUGGAACUAGUAGAAGUGACCGAAGAUAAUGGAUUGAAGCUGCCUCGUGAGUUUGGACUGUUGGUCAAGCAAAGCUUGUACUUUGACCGUUACAUCAAGAUUCUUGCUCCCAAUGUGGAUGUCAUGAGUGACAGUCGAGUGGCGUUGGGUGGCAAGCUCAAUGGAGAACCUCCUAGCAACAAAAGGGAAGUUGUGAUUGACGUUUAGACAGGAAAGCUCCCCCACUGUCCCCUUUGAAAUGAACAUAGUGCACAAAACCGAAUGAAAAGCUAAGACGUAGUUACCAAUCUUUGCUUGGAAGCAUAUUCAGAUACGGGGUUUUCGAUGUCGCAG